AUGGCCGCAUCGAACUAUACAGGAGCAGCGAGUGCUGCAGUAGGGGGUGCAGGCACAGCACCAUCAGGCACCGAUCAGAAUUUUGACUAUAUGUUCAAGCUGUUGAUUAUCGGUAAUUCGUCGGUUGGCAAGACUUCGUUCUUAUUUCGAUACUGCGAUGAUUCGUUCACGUCCGCAUUUGUCUCAACUGUAGGUAUUGACUUCAAAGUGAAAACUGUCUUCAGAGGCGAUAAACGUGUCAAACUGCAGAUUUGGGUGAGUGAGUUUCGUCAUUAUUCAUUCGCAUUGGGAAAGAAGAGCACCAUAGCUCUCAUGAGAGCAACUAAGCAACAUAUGAAAUCUGAACUCAUUGCAAUCGUUAAAAAGAGAUCGGCAGUCAGAUUUUGA